CAGACCACCUGCCUUGCACAAAGAGGCUUUUGCAGAGCAAUUACAAAGAACAGCAAAGAACAAUUGAGCACCUGAAGAAUUCGGCUGCAUGUCAGCAACGUUUGUGCUUGGAGAUAAAUAACAUGUAUGGAUAUGUGUUAUGAAACGCCCAUGUCCUGCUGGCUGGCUAACAAAAUACAGCGUGCUCUGCCAUUUGCACAAGAGCCUUUGAACGCACGCAAGCAAAGGCAGCAGAAUCCCUGCCAAGCAGCACAACCUGGGGCCUGCAGCCAAAGCACAGGGCUUGUCCAUGACUUCUGCAGAGCUGGAGCCGCUGUGAUCCCCCCACAUGCUGGGAGACGGCAGAUUGCGGUGGCUGAUCCUACCUCAGGCACGAGCAUCGCCAGUCAAUCCCUAGCAAAGUCAUCAAGGCAAAAAUCCUUGACAGACCGUUAAGAACAGAUGCUGUGACAUGUGUGUCAAAAUCACCUCUUUACCCAAGAGGGUCCCGGAUGACAUCACAUCCUCUCCGAAGAGCAACGCAGCCUCCCAAGUCAAGUGAGGAAGAUCAGCUCUGCUCCGCUACACCAUCCCCAAGGACAGCCACCCCUAGGAGGAGAUGACUGGGUCUCCUGCGCUGCUCCUUCUGCUCACUCUGGGGCUCUGCUGCCCCAGGAUCCAUGGCCACAGGUACCAGAUGACAGCCACAUUUCGCAACAGCAGAACCACACACCCCCAGGUGGGACAGCGGCUGGAGCUGGAGUGUCAGACCACCAGGGAUGACGGUAGCAUAUUCUGGAUCCACCAGGACAAGGGUGGGACCCUUCACUUCAUCGUCUUCACCUCUUCCCUGAGUCAGAACAACUUCAAGGGGAACACACCGAUAUCCACACGCUUCGAGGCAAAGAAAUACGGCAAGUCCCACCAUUUGGUAGUGAAGUCUUUCUCGCCACAGGAUGAGGGAAACUAUUUCUGCCUCAUGAACAUCAACAGAGUGCUGUACUUCAGCCCUCCCCUGCCUGUCCUCUUGCCAGUUGUCACCACCAUCACCACCGUGGCACCCACCACCCAGCACAACAUCACCGAGAAGGACCCCUGCCUGAAGACCCGGGAUCCAGAGACCAGCAAGGAGAAAGAUCUGAAUUUCCUCUGUGACAUCUUCAUCUGGGUUCCCUUAGCAGGCACUUGCCUCCUGCUCCUCAUUGCCCUGGCAGUCACCAUCGCUCUGUGUCAACAAACCAGAAGACGGAGAUGCAGAUGUAAAAGACCUGCAAAUGGGAAGCCCAAUGUGAAACCUAGCAUGCCAAGCCACCAUAUAUAAGCAUCUGCACCUUCUGGAUCGUCUCCUGGGAGCUGUCACCACAUAAGCCCAUCACCUAUGUUACCUAGAAUGCUACUACUUCUCAUGCACUCUGCCCUGACAAAUUCAAAAAGAAAAAAAUGGAGCAGAGACACACAGACAGCAAGCAGGCACUUUUUCUGUGAACUGCACCUGAAGCACAGCUCCUUCCAAAACCUGAGGUUUCCACAUUAAUUCCCAAGGCCCUCCUAUUCCCACUGACAGGGCUCUGCAGAUCAGGCAAAAGAAACCAGUCAAUCCUGAUGUUGUUGACAGCUGGCAGUGAUAAGCUGAUGAGAAAUAAGGAUAUUAGCUGUACCCUUGCCCAAGGGUAUGUGACAUUCUGUCUAAAACACAGACAAAAUUUGCAUUUCCUACAAAAUGACUUACACAAAAACGCCCUCACGUAAUACACCCUCUUUUUGUGGUGACACGUAUCACUUCGGAGUCCUACAGUUUCAUAUAAUGUUAUACAAGGCUGCACUGAGAAGAUAAAUUGGGAUUUAAUGAACCUUACCUUUUUGGUUUUUACAGUCCUGGGGACUAACAUUUACCUUUUUUCUCUUGCUAUCCUUGGUUCUGCUGCUAGCUCCACUUCCACCAAUUUCAGCAGGAGUUUUGCCUGCGCAAGAAGGGUGGGAUUUUCUGUCUUUCUGGAAGAAAUAGCUGAGUGGUAAAAAACAAGUCUUUGUCACUUGCUUUGGUUAAGCAGGAUUCGGCAUGCUGACCUGGGACAUGUGGAUUGACUACAAUGACUUCUGGGUUUUCAGCUCUGUAUUUGAUGUAAAUAUUUCCUUACUACAUUUGCAAAUUGGGUACAGAGUGAAAAAUAAAACAAUGUUUCUAGUCAGA